GGCGCGCCCCUCCUGCACUACCGGGACCCGACAGCGAGGUUUCUCGGGACUCCUCGCAUCCGGAUGAUUGUAAAGUGCUGAUCAGUGGCCACUGAAUAUAAUUGAAACAGAAUAGGAAGAUGGCAGCAAAUCCUUCAGGACAAGGUUUUCAAAAUAAAAAUAGAGUUGCGAUUUUGGCUGAACUGGACAAAGAAAAAAGAAAAUUACUUAUGCAGAACCAGUCUUCAGCAAGUCACCCUGGAGCUAGCAUCUCCCUCUCCAGACCCUCUCUUAAUAAGGACUUUCGGGAUCAUGCUGAGCAGCAGCACAUUGCAGCCCAGCAGAAAGCAGCUCUGCAGCACGCUCACGCACAUUCAUCUGGAUACUUCAUUACUCAAGACUCAGCCUUCGGGAACCUUAUUCUCCCUGUCUUACCUCGCCUGGACCCAGAAUGAAGACUGUGUCUGCAUAAAGGGACCUUGUUAUAUCCAGAGGCAGAGCUCUCACUCAGCUCUGUACAAACUGACCUU